UACAGAAUGCAAGUUGCUGUUGCCGCUGGCAAAAUAAACGCUAAGAACCGCCAUAGGCUCGCUGUUCUUGGCUCAGUGGCUCGCAGGUCCCAGUGCAUCUUGCAAGAAUGACAAUCGUCCUCGCCCUUGUGGCCAGCGGGUCCACCAUCCUCGCAGAGACCCAUCAGAAGGACCAGGUUCGCUUCCUUACGGCAGCCGAAACGAUCCUCUCCCGCAUCCCUCCAAAUGAAUCACGGCUCUCGUACGCGAUACCCAACGAACAAUGGAUGUUCCACUUCAUCUCGCAGGACGGGCUCGUCUUUCUCAACGUCUCGGACGCUGAAUCAGGACGCAGAAUUCCCUUUGCAGCGCUGACGGAGAUGCAAAACGAGUUCACAGCACGCUAUGAUGCAACUGAAGCAGCUGCAAAUCCGUCCACCGCUUCGGAAUCCUACGGCGAGUUCUCCGGCUACCUCUCCAAUCUGCUGACGACAUACAACAACGUAUCCAACGCGGACCCGGUAAAAACAGCACAAGCAGAGCUCAAGGGUGUUAAGGAUAUCAUGCAAGCGAACAUAGAGCAGGUUCUUAACCGCGGAGAACGACUCGAGCUGCUCGUCGAUCGGACCGAUCAGGCGGCCAAUCAAAGCUUGCAAUUCCGCCGGCGAGCAGUGGGGCUGCGAAGACAGAUGUGGUGGAAAAACAUCAAGGUCUUGGGAAUGGCGGGAUUUUGUGUGUUGGUACUCCUGCUUCUUAUUUUUACCUCAAUCCACUGAAGCCCGACCCCACACUGGCUUAAACCAUGUAUUUCCCCAUCUGUUCGAUCCAUACCCGUACGCGAUGCAUCACAUUUUUUGACUUCGAAACGAAGCAAGCCCCAGCUGUAGAAAA